AUGAAUCCCUCUCCAACCAAGGACCAGCCUCCGACACUCACCCACCUGACCUCGACUGGGGAAGUGCACAUGGUUUCUAUCGCGGGCAAAACGCCCACUGCACGCUCUGCAACUGCCACCUCCUUGCUUCUCUUCUCGCGGCCGGAGACCUAUAGUGCGUUGCUCGCGGCGCGGCUUCGGAAGGGCGACGCGCUUUCUGUGGCUAGGAUUGCUGGCAUCCAAGCUGCCAAGAAGACCUCCGACCUUAUUCCCCUUGCACAUCCGGGACUCGGCAUCACCGCCGCCUCCGUGCGGCUGGAGCCUUUUGUCGGUAACAAGCUGCCAUAUCCUCUCACGAAGAAAGGCCUAGGUCUGGACGAAAACGCACGGCCCUUGCAAGGUGGAGUCUUGAUUACGGCGACGGUGAGUUGCGAAGGCAAGACCGGCGUCGAAAUGGAAGCUAUUACCGCCGCGUCCAUUGCAGGGCUGACCAUGUAUGACAUGCUCAAGGCCGUGGACAAGUCAAUGGUCCUGACGGAGACGCGCGUGAUCGCCAAAAGCGGCGGCAAAUCAGGAGACUGGGCAUGGGAUUACCAUUCGAACAAGAUCGUCAAGGCCCCCGAAGUCAACGAAGAGAAAGAAAAAGAGAAGGACCUGGAGAGGCAGCAUCAAGCUCUCAAGGACAAGGAGAUUCGGGACAGAAUCCGAGCUCAGCAGUCGGCUACCGCUGACGAUAACGGUAUGCUAGAAGGCUUGGAUUCCGACCCGACGGGCAUUGCGACCAUACCUGAUGGUGUCGAUGCCAAUAACACGGAUGCGAAACGGGGCUCCGUUUCCGCCGAUGAUUUUCGAGCCAGUAGAAGAGAGCGCCUCGCUCGCAACCUGGCGGCCCGUGGGUCACAGCGGGUCGGAGAGGCGUUGCCAGAUCGAUCGGAGAGCGGACCAGGCAAAUCUUAG